UGACCUUUUGAACUAUCCAUAAGGUUUGGCACAAGCGCAAUAGAGCCUUUAAAACGCAUCCCUAGCCUAGUCACGAACCGAUCGUUACUACUGCAUCUUGAAACAAAACCAUUUUAUAGGUGUGUCAACGACGGAAGAAGUAUAUAAAAGGGAUAAUUUAUUUCUUUCGGAAACAAAAGUUGGUUAAAAGAGACGGACAGAUUGACAUAAAAUUUAAUCAUGGAUUCUGAAGUUUGUGUUUUAGACGACUACAGUUCUUCUAGUGAUGAAGAGGAUAAAUCACGAGAAUGUAAUAUAAAAUACAACCAAGUUUUCAGUUUGGAUAGUUUGAACAAAUUCUAUGAACAAGAAAUGUCUGUUUGGUUCGAUUAUGUAAGAACUUACGUACCAUUAAUGAAAUUGAUGCUUGAAGAUUACAAGAUGAAAUGGGAAAGUUAUCAAUUCAGACAAUAUGCCAAAAUUAAUGAUCCUUAUUACCAAGAAUCAGAUGAAGAUUCUGACACCUCUAACGGUUCUGUAACAAGUGCUAUCAUUGAAGGCUUUCCAAACGGUGAUAAGAAUGAAUCCGUUGUCCUGAGCGUUGGAAGAGAAAACAUCAAAGCGGGAUAUUAUAUGUUUUUAUCAUAUUUUCAAGGCGGAUGGUUCUAUCCCGAAGUAAAGAAAUAUUUCAGACAAAAGCAUGGUGUGAGGUGCUUCCGUAGUGAAUCUACUAAAAAUGCGCUUUCAGAUCCAGAUGAUUUUAGAGCUUUGAUAAAGUUUAGAACCGUGACUGCUAUGGACUAUGUUUUUGAAAAAUUAUACGAAAGAAACAUGCUUAAAAAUUUCACAUUUGUUUGCAUUGAGGCCAGUGAAAAAUACUUUAAUGACGCCGUUAUUUCACAACUCAGGAACACGGAGGGAUGUAUUGGGUUGCCAAGUUUUCAUGUAUGCAUGAGACAAUAUUAAGCAACAAGGAACUUAAUAAAAAUGUAUAUAAUUUUGUAUGUCUAUUUAUUCUGUAUUUCAUAGUAGUUAUGACUAAGGAAGGCUUCGUCUAUUAAUAUGUAAACAGAGACCUUUUCAUUCAUAUUAAAUGUGUAUUUUUUAUGUAAGGCUAAAUUUUGUAUAAAUAAUUAUAAUUAUUCUGUUAGGGAAGAAAUAUUUCUUUGUAAAUUACUUUAGAAAAUGACAGAAAGCUGUUCGCUAUAAUUUGAAAAUCUAUAAUGUCCUAUUACUUUUAUUGAAAAUGUGUAACACUGUAACAUUAUAACAUUGUUAAAGCAAGAAUUGUAACAUUAGGAAAUUACAUUUUAAAUAAACCUAUAUAUACUGGUUACAUCAAUAAAUUUCUUUCAUAGAAAGGAAAUCAAAAACUGCAUAAAUACUUAGUAUUGAAAUGCAUUCAUUCAAUUCAUUACUUUCAUCGAUUCCAUUCUUUCAUAUUAUAUUAUAGUCCUAUAAGUUUAAGAAAUUCUUGUUAUCUUGAAAUCUGUAUAUUUUACACUAUCUACUUUUUACAAUUUUAUUAGUAAAGUAAGCACGACUUUGUUAUAACUUUUAACCUUGUUAUAUGAGUAUUCAUUAUAUUACAUAAUCUUAACUUAAAAUAACUGGCAAUAUUAUGCAAACAUAGUAUUUACUACUUAAACUUAUUUUUAAUGGGAUUUACUUCAAUCUUGUAUUUUAUUUUGCGAAUGAAAAUUUUAAUAAAAUGCUAUGCUAUUUUUUCCAUUACAUGCAUUUAGUGCUGUAAUAGUCGUAGAAAUCGCGAAUAUUAAAACCUAUGCUAAGUGGUUAC